GAUAAAUAAAAUUAUUAAAACACUGACUAUUAGUAAAUAUCCUAACGUUAUCUUAAUAUACGGGUAUCGACUAAUAUUAUUGUACCGUGGAAUACAAGAGCAAUAAUGGAAAAUAAUGGACUUAUACAUUUGAUAAAGAAUACUUAUCCACAAAUAAUAGCUGCAGUUUCAGGUACACUCUUUGCAAUAUCAGAUGGUAUGACCUAUGGCUGGAGUGCACCAUACAUUCCAUAUCUUAUUAGCGAUAUAAGUCACAUCCAGACAACUAAACGUGAAGCCGACUUUUUAGAAACUGCAUUUUUACUUGGAUCGUUUUGUGGCUUACCCUUCACUGUAUAUCUCGUUAACAAAAUUGGAAGAAAAAAGUCACUCCUCCUAGCGUCAUUCGUUGUAUUACUAGCAUGGUUAGCAAUAGGAUUAGGGAACCAGAUGGUGUAUAUUUUUGUGGCCAGAUUCUUUUGUGGAAUGUCGGGAAAUAUGGCAUUCGUAGCAGCACCAUGUUUUAUUGCUGAAAUAGCAGAUCCUCAAAUAAGAGGAUUUUUGUCAAGUAUUAUUUAUGUCAUGAUGUUAUUAGGUUGUUUAAUAGUGUAUUCAGUAGGACCUUUCUUACCUUUUUACGUCCCGUGUAUAAUAGGGGGCACUGUAGCUAUUAUUGAAAUUUUGGUGUUUUCUAGAGUACCAGAAAGUGCGCUUUACCUUCUUUCUAAAGACAAACCUGAAGCUGCCUUACAGUCUAUAAAAUUUUACAAACCUUAUAUUGAUCCCAUAAAAGAAUUAGAACAAAUUUCAAAGUCAAUAGAGGAGCAGAGACACGAGAAAGGAAGAUUUUUAGAUUUGUUUGUAGUACCCAGCAAUAGAAAGGGAAUACUAAUUAUGACAGUGUUAAAUGCUGGUCAACAUCUUUGCGCUUAUUCAGUUAUUUUAAUGAACUUACAUCUAAUUCUUGAAAAUGCUGGUACUAAUUAUAUGAAUAGUGCUCAUGCUGCUAUAUUAUUUGCUGCAUUAAUGCUGAUCUCAGUCAUAUUUGCUUCAUUUCAAAUUGAUAAGUAUGGUCGAAAAGUUUUACUUAUUUUUUCUAGUAUAUUAACCGCUGUUUGUCUUUUGAGUAUUGCUGUCUAUUUUAAUCUAAAAAUAAUUGGAUUUAAUGUUAUAAGUUUUAGUUGGAUACCAAUUGUUUCUAUCAUGAUUUACGCUGUAGUUUUUAAAGUGGGCGUUGGAAUUGUACCCAUCGUUAUAACUGCAGAAAUAUUCCCAAAUAACCUUAAAGCUCUUGGCAUGACAUUGUCAGAUGCCAUGUUUAUAACUGGAGGAUUGGUCGCCGUUAACUUGUAUCAGUUUUUGACAGAGUAUAUUGGAAUGCAUGUUCCGUUUUACAUUUUUGGCGGAUUUGCGAUGUAUAUUACAUUUUACACAAUAUUUUUUGUGCCUGAAACAAAAGGAAAAACUUUAGAAGAGAUUCAAUUUAUUUUGAAAGGAAGGAAUCCAAACGUUAUGGAAACAGUGGAAAACGGAAGUACAGCAACUCAUAAUAGUGCUGGUUAUUCUCAUCUAUGAAAUAAAUCAAAAAGGUAAACAAUACAAAAAUAGGGUACAAAUGUAAAAAAUGGUAACUUUUAUAGCGAAAAAAUUAUAUAUUUAAUUCACAAUAGACCAAAGAACAUUUAGAAAAAACUUUAAAACAGCAUGAUAUCAGCUAAAUAAGAAUGCUGAGAUUGUAUAAUUGUAAUAAUUAUAUAUGUAUAAACAGAAAAAUAAUCAUAAUAACUAAGAAUAUUAGAAUAGGAAAUACAAUAUAUAAAUAAACUUAUUUAUUUUAAUUUUCCAAUUAAAGAUAAUAUUGUUCAUCUUA